GGUGCGUGUGUGUGUAUGUUUUUCAGGCGGCGGUGUAGCGAUUAAAGCUAGCUACAACAAGGUGCAGCCACAGCAGCUAACGUGAAGCUAGACCUGCACCAGUCUGUCGGCAUGACGUCUCCUGCGAGGUUAUUUGCAAAAUAUGUUGGGUGACAUUUUUUUUUAGCGUCACCUUUGAUUAGAAAACGACGUCGGGGACUAAACCGCUAGCUGGAAGCUGAAUAGUAUGCUGGACGUGGGGAAGUGGCCAGUGUUUGCGCUCCUUCCUCCCGAGGAACUCCGGCUUAUCCGGCAGGCUUGUGUCUUUGGUAGUGCUGCGAAUGAAGCCCUCUAUGUCACAGUUAAUGAUGAGGUCUUCGCUUUAGGGACCAACUGCAGCGGCUGUUUAGGGCUCGGAGACCUUCAAAGUACCAUCGAGCCACGCAGGAUUGAUGUCUUGUGUGGAAAGAAGAUUGUAUCCCUAAGCUAUGGAACGGGGCCACAUGUGGUUAUCGCUACUGCAGAUGGAGAGGUAUAUGCCUGGGGCCACAAUGGCUACAGCCAACUGGGAAACGGGACCACCAACCAUGGACUGACCCCUGCCCUGGUGUCCACCAACCUCCUCAGCAAGAGAGUAACAGAAGUGGCCUGUGGCUCCCACCACACUAUUGCCCUCACAACUGAUGGAGAGGUGUACGCGUGGGGUUACAACAACUCCGGGCAAGUCGGUUCAGGUUCUACUGCCAACCAGCCGACACCACGUCGAGUCAGCAGCUGCCUGCAGAACAAGGUGGUGGUGAACAUAGCCUGUGGUCAGCUCUGCUCUAUGGCUGUACUGGACAACGGAGAGAUCUAUGGUUGGGGCUAUAAUUGCAAUGGACAGCUAGGUUUGGGCAACAAUGGGAAUCAGCAGACCCCGUGUCGAAUUGCUGCUCUCCAAGGUGUUAACAUUGUACAGGUCGCCUGUGGAUAUGCACACACACUGGCACUGACAGAUGAGGGAUUUGUUUAUGCUUGGGGAGCCAACUCAUAUGGGCAGUUGGGAACAGGCAAUAAGAGUAACCAAGCGCUCCCCAUUCAGAUAAACACAGACAAGGAGAGGAUAGUGGAAGUGGCUGCGUGUCACACCAGCCACACGUCAGCAGCCAAGACGCAGAGCGGACAAGUUCUGAUGUGGGGUCAGUGUCGAGGUCAGGCUGUAGCGAGUCCCCAUCUCACUCAUUUCAGCAGCACAGAUGAUGUGUUUGCUUGCUUUGCCACGCCAGCGGUCACGUGGCACCUCCUCUCAGUUGAUGGUGAUGAUUACCUGACAGUCGCUCAGUCUUUGAAGAAGGAGUUUGACAGUCCUGAGAUUUCAGAUCUGAAGUUCUUGGUUGAUGGAAAAUGCAUCCAUGUUCACAAAGCUCUGCUGAAAAUCAGGUGUGAGCAUUUCCGUGCACUGCUGAAUGAAACAGACCAGGACGCCAUAGAAAUUCAUCAGUUCUCAUACUUGGUGUACAGAGCCUUCCUGGAGUAUCUCUACACUGACACUAUAAACCUGCCACCAGAGGACGCUAUUGGUAAAGUUAGACAUGGCUCACAGUUCUCUACAGCAAAGGAAAUGCUGCAACAAGUCAGUGCACAAGUCCUGAACAGAAUCACGUGUGCGUUUGUUUUUGUGUGUGCAGGGUUGCUAGACUUGGCCACCUUCUACCGAGAAACGAGGCUGAAGAGGUUGUGCCAGGAAACGAUCAAGAGAGGCAUCUCUGAAGAAAACGCCAUCACUCUGCUCUCUGCUGCCGUCAAGUAUGAGGCGCGGGACCUGGAGGAGUUCUGCUUCAAGUUUUGUGUGAAUCAUCUAACGGCUGUCACGCAGACCCAGGCCUUUGCAGAUAUGGAUCACGACCUGCUCAAGAACUUCAUUAGUAAAGCCAGCCGCUAUGGGGCCUUCAAAAACUGAUAAUGGGCUCCUGUAGUGAUGGAUUCAACACAUUAAGGUUUAAUCUCAGUGAGGAGAGUCCAUCCUAGACCAAAGUUAAUUCCCAGCUGAUCAGCGACUCGGCACUGGGGAUGUAAAUACUGGAGAGGGACAUGGUUUAAGGCUCCAGUCGCCAGGUGAUUCUUCAGUUUUACUGCUCUAAAGCUAGCCCAAACACAGUGGCUGGGUGGAAAGUAAAUACUGGGUGACACCUCUAGUUCAGUAACAAGCACACAGUGCAGAGGCUGAACAGCAGGAUGCGCCACAGUGGUCGCCUGUCGUCUCUCGACCGAGGCGGUCAGUGUGCGGAUGGGUUACAGUAACCAGCUUGGACUGGAUACCUGAAAAUGCUGAACGCACUAAACAUAAUCUGCUGCGAUUGAAUUGUUUGGUUUUUGUUUGCGUCAUUUUGAUCAUGACGUUUAACAGUUAGUAAAUCAAAUCCUCUAUGCAUAUAUCAAUCUAUAGUAGCGCUGCGAUCAGCGUAGACAUGAAGCAAGUCAGCCACGAAUGAACUCUUCACAUUGUGCUUUGUAGAUUUAAAGUUAUUUUAUGAGGAAAAACAUGCAAAAACUACAACCUGUUUCCCCCAUUUUCUUUUUUUUUUUUAAUCUGAUCAGUGAUUCUGUUUGUUGCAUAAGUUGUUUGUUUUUUUUCUUUCAUUUUUUAAAAAGUGUGGUUAUGCAUAUGUCAUCCAAGCUUGUGUCUGAUAUUUGUACUUGUUAACUUUUGCACCGUUCUGCAGUAGAAAGUAAUUGUGUGCUGCCACUGUGUGCUGACUGGUAGGAAAAGGAACAGAGAGUUACACAUUUAUAAGCGAAAUCAUGCUACAGCAUGUGUAAGCGCACACACACAUCCAUGCGUUGUUCAGAUUAACCCUCUGUGCGCAGGUGGAAACAACCUUUCACUUACACAAACGUGUCGAGUCUUGUGCACACUGUGCAGUAGGUGCAGCUGUUUUUUACAGUUGAAUUUCAUUGUAUGUUUACAAAAGUUUUAUUUUUUUAUUAUUCUUAACAUAUUGGCAGCAAGCUUCUGGUCCCCCCCCUUCCC